UAGUUUUACAGUUUUUAUAAUUUGUCUAUCUUUUAAUGUAAAAAUCAGGGGCAGUUAUUAUCUGUUUUUUUUUUUGAAAAUUCACAUCUUUUUUUCUCAAUUUUCUUUUGUUAUUUAAUGCACAAUAUGUUCUAUAUAUAUAAGUUGACCUGUAAAUGGAUGCGUUCUGUUGGUCAAUAAAUUAUUAUUAUUAAAAACAGCCAAGAUACACUGCAGUCUCAACCAAAAUAGAACACACUGUACAUUAAUAAACUUGGCGUAGUGAAGUGGAUGCUGGGCUACAACCAGGAGGAUCAAUGGUUUAAAAUACAGAUUUGGGCAAAGAAUUUUUGUAAGUAUGUAGUGGAUGGGUUGGUAAAACGGCCGAAACUCUACCCUUUAAUAAUAAUUUAAAAAAUCAAUAAGAGCCAGGUUUUCCAUCUCAAACUUAGGUGAUGGUUAAAACACUUCCUCUCUAGCUCUGUGAACAGACAGCCGGAGCAAUAUUCCACUAGACAGUUGGGCUCAUUAAAUCCGCGUCUAAUACUGACAGGAGUUGACGCCGAUUACAAUGGUAAUAUGCUUGUAGAAACCCUCCUGACUCAAAAUGACUGAGUAUUUGAGGAUGGGGCCAAAAUAGCCGGUAAAAGGCCGUGUCGCAAUCCCCAACUCGAAGUCUGGGUAAUAGAGGUGAAUCCCAGGGACUCUAAAAAUAUUUAAAAAAGCGGGUACGUUAAUCUGGACUUUGUGAGAAUAAGAGUAGAGGACCACGCCCACGUUAGGAGGUGUUUCAGAUGUUACACUUUUGGGCACUUGACAACUAGUUGCCCCAAGAAUGGGGACACGUGACCACGGUGUGUAAAAAAACAUUGCCUAGCGAACUGUAAAUCGGAAACCCUUACAUGCAUCAACUGUGUAAAUGGCUGGGACUUUUUUAUUAUCCCUCUCUUGUUCUGGGCCCUCAACAGGCUUGCGCCCAAUUACAGGGUGACCCGCAUAAUGCUUUUUAGAGGUACCUCUGCAGAAUAUAUAUAAAUUAUAUUUAAUUAAUAAAUAUAUAAUAAAUAAAAGGUAAUGAACGAUUUUAGCCCAUAAUUUACCACUUCGAUUAAAAAAUAAUAUUUAGGUAAUAGAUUUUUUAGCCAUGAACCUCGUAUAAAUUACCGAAAAUGAUUCGACAGUGUAUAAAUGUAUGAAAGAUUAAUUUUGCUCAAAUGCAUUGAUAUGUGAGUACAAUAUGAUUCAUUCAUUAAGUGCGCGGGAUUAUAUAUUGAUAUUCAUUCGCAGACAGACUUCGAAUGCAAAUUUGUGUUUUAAAUAGCGAAUAAUCCUUAAUCGCGAGGGCUGCAUUAAAAGGGCACGUGUACGUAAGAAGAAGUGUAUUGAAAAAGAACGAAUUCCAUAAGGUACUUCGACGAAAUGCAUGUUCCCAUUUUGGGAAUCUAUAAAAGAAGCUUGGCAAUUUAUUUUCAUCCGCCAGCGCCUUUUCUUUAAACAGCAUGCGUUUAUUUUGCACCGGUCAGCGUGAAGUGAUAUCCAGCCGAGAUCGAGUAGAAACAGUGCAGAUAUCUCAGGAUUUAAAAUCACCACGCAAAAAUCUUCACGAAAGCCGAUCUUCGGAAAUUAUACGCGAGACGUUGAAAAUUUCCAUCCGCUUGGAGGUCAGCGCGACUUUUGCUUCAAUUGGCGUAAUUAAAAGGUACAUUUUUUCCAUUACUUUGCUUGCGUCAUUUUAGACGUUUAGCAGAUAUAGAUUUGUUCAUUUUAGAAUUUAAGAUAGAAGCGGAAGAAAAGUGAAUUAGAGACCCCCCUUCUCGUAUUGAUUACGGACCGUCCGUCGGCAGGCACGAGAUAAGAGCGCAACAUAUACAGAAUCGGAACGGUAUGUGGUACUCUCUUCACGGAAAUAAAUUGCUAAUAAAAUCACAUUGAUUUUCUUGAAUGCAUAAAUAAAUACUUGAUAAAAUAAUAUAAAGGUAAUACCUAUAUUUUUAUUUUUGUAUAGUCAUCGCGCUUUAUCAGAAUAAAUUCCUGCUCACGUAUCCAUAAUCUUCUAAUUGUGAUAAUGGACGUUUUAAUGUAAAUAUUUGAAAAGUAAUUGCUUAAAGUCUAUUGUAUAACAUUCUGUUCGAUCAGUAAAGCACCGAAAAUGUUUAUUCAAAGACCUCAUCGCUACGUUUCAUUAAUAUUAUGUACUGCUUUUGCGGAUUUGGAAGAUACUCCAACCAUUUUCAAAAAUUAUGCAUUUUACAUUCUACGAGCGGUAAUAUACAGCGUUGUUUUUGUAGUAGGAAAUUUUUAUGUAACUGAGGUAUUGUACAUGAAAACUUUGGAUAAAAUAGCAUUCCUCGUGGGAAACGUGGUGUUAAUCGCCUUGACGGUAUACAUUAUGCUUUGGAGUGUUGUGUACAAACGUAAAUACGUGAGUAUACUCGUUCGGUUUAAAGGAGAAAAUCUCCAACUGCAAGAGUGGAUUGAGGUGCUAUUACUUUUGGCAUACCUCAUGUUGACAUGUGGAACGGUAGCAUAUGAAAGUAAUAAUGUAUAUCUUGUGCUGGAGUUUGGAAUUUUAUUUGUCUUACCCGACAUGCUUACUUUCUCAGCAGUGUAUCACUUCGCCAAUUUAGUGACUGUCCUAAGAAGAAGGUUUAUUCAGCUUAAUCGUGACACUCUAAACGGAAGCGAUUUAGCCAAUAACAUUAUUGGGAGAUAUCAAGCUUUGUAUAAAAUUACUGUUGAGGUCAACAAUUUGUAUGGAUUACUAAUUCUGUGGACGAUUGUGGCAUUCUUUAUAUGGAUGAUGAUCGAUUUGUACAGAUUUCUGAACGACAUUAUGAAAGAUCAAGUUGAAGAAGAUGGAAUGAUUUUCGGAAAUUUAAUUGCGACAGUUUACCAUUACUUUACACUUUUCUACAUUGUAAUACUGUGCAGCUCUACCAAAUUGCACUGUUAUAAUUUUAGAAUUUUUUAUUUAAGAACUCUUCUUCGCCAACAGCCAAAAAUUGAAAAUAAAAGAAUCUGUCUGUCGCUGUUUCAUCAAAAUGCUCAAUUUAGUGCUCUGGAUUGGUUUGAGAUUGAUUAUCCUUUAUUAUAUGGGGUCAGUGGAGCUAUAGUAACGUAUCUUGUACUACUUCAGCAAUUACACUUAUAAAAUAGUGUGUUAUUGGUGGUCCAUAAUUUGUUUUUUUUUGUUAAUAAAUUGUUUAGCGAAUUUAUAAUAGCCAACAGUGACGUAACUAGGUAUUUUUCGAAGCGGUCCCUGAUCUGGUUUUGGCGCCCUACCAUAUUUGCGCGCCUUUCUCACUUACCAUUGAGCUCUAAUUAAUAAAACACUGUACAUUUUUGAGAGAAACUUACACGAAAUUUUAAAAGCACUGCACUACUUAAAUUUUAGAAAAAUGCCUUGAAUAACGAAGUCUUUCACUCAAUGAAGAAUAAAAAUACAUUUAUAAUGUUCUCAAUUCUCGCGUCAAAUUUAGCUAUGACAUAGGGUACAAGUCGUAGAAAUGAUUGCGUCUUAGAAUAAGGGUGCAAAUUCUGGCCACACUAAUACAGACUAUUGUAUAUAUCACAAAUAAAGUAUUAUUAUAUUAGCUUAAAUCUGCAGCCUUUUCCUACCGCUGUAACUUUGUUCUACAAGGGCCAUCCAGAA